AUGCGCGUGUUCACGCGGCAGCGCCGUUGGCGGGCCCCACGAGUGGUGGAGGGAUGCGCGGGACGGAGGUACGGAGUGAUGCGAGGCGGCCGGCCCAUCCCCGCGCGCAACACACCCAUCUCCGAUCACCGCCCCGCUCCUACCAACCUCCCCUGCCUGCUUCGCCACCGCGCGUCUCGUCGCGCGCGCUGCCCGUCUGCCCGCCAUCACUCGCUCGCGCGGGCCGCCAUCGUUCUGCGCAACUCCCCCCUCGCGCCAACACCGCCCGUCCAACGCGGGUCGCACAAUAUGUUAGUAUCAUCCUCAUCCCCCCCAUUUCUUUCCGCCCAUCCCUUCCGCUCAGUUUUUUCCGCCCAUCCCUUCCGCCGAUUUCUUUCCGCCCAUCCCUUCCGCCCAUUUCGUUCCCCCCAUUCCUUUCUCCCCCUUCCUUCCCCCUACUGUCCCCCCUCCUGCCCCCCUCUUUUCCCCCUCCUUUCCCAAGCCUCUCCCCCUCCUUUCCCCCUCCUCUCCCCCUCCUCUCCCCCUCAUUUCCCCCUCAUUUCCCCCUCCUUACCCCUUCCGCCCUCCUGCGUUUGUGCCGCAUCUGCCUCUUUCCCCCACCUUUCCCCCCACCUUCUUCCCUGUUUCCCCUCCUUUCCCCGUCAUCAUCCUUUUGCCCUCCUUUCCCUUUCCUGCCAGCAUCACUCUUCCCUCCUUUUUCCCCCUCCCUUAACCCCUUACCCCCCGCGUGCGCCCCCCCCCCCCCCAUGCCGCGCUGCAGGCGGCACUCUGGCAGGCGUGCCACUGCCUGGGCGCCCCCCAGUGCGGCGGGGCGCCAUGCAGGGGAGGCCACGGCAUCACCGCUCAUGCACGCACCCCUCCUUCCGCCCUCCCUGCCCCUCCUCCGCCCUCCUUUUCCCCUCUCUCUCCCCCAAUUCCUCUCCUUUCUCCCUCCUGCCCAAAGCUUCCUGCCCCCCUCUUUCCCCCCCCUUUUUCCCUCCGUUCCGCCUGCUUCCCCUCUCCCGUCCCCCUCUUUUUUUCCUCCUUUCCCCCUCCGUCCCCAUCCUUCCCCCUCCUUCCCUCUCCUGUCCUCCGAUACCUCUCCAUCACUCCUCCUUUACCCUCCCUUCACUCUCCUUCUUCACCCCCCUUUUCCCCUCCUCCCCCCCCUUUGUUCCGCCCCCUUUCCCCAUGCUGCCCCCAGCCUGCCGCCCGCCUGCCCUGCUGUGUGCUCUCAAGGCGCCAGUGCUGCGGAGGAGGGCAGGGGAGGGCACCGCCUCCUAUUCCUCUGCCCUUCUCCUCCUUUCCCCUCCUUUCUCCGCUCCCUUCUUCCUCCUUUCCCCGCCUUUCUUCGCUGCCUUCCCCCUGCUGCCGCGCUGCAGGCGACAGGGCAGCAGUCAAGGCCGCCAUGGGCGCCGUGGGAGGGCAGCCAGCGCGGCCUUGGACGUUCUGCGAGGCGGCUUGACUGCAGCUUCAGCGUGCACUGCCCUCACCUCCCUCUGUGGAACAACACAUUUCGGCCGCGGAAUCAGACUCGCUCCCUCCACGCGCCGCCUAGGCGCUCCAUUGUUGCUUGGUUUGGGGAUGCGCGACGGUGGUGCUACUGAUCUCGUUUCCGCAGCCUUGGUGCGACCACCUGACGGGCUCGACACGCACGCGACCAACGCACGUGAUUCCGACGCUGCUGACUCCGACGCUGCUGAUUCCGACGCUGCUGAUUCUGUCGCAGCAGAUUGA